UACACGGCAAAGAUUUCAGAAAUGUUAUACUAAAAGAUACCUAAACGUAACAAAUUACGACACAUUUUCUCUUUUUAGUUGUCUUUAAAUCCAUAUUAUCAAUUCGUGUACGGUACCUAGUCUGUGUGUGAUAAAUUCUCCAGUAAAUAAACAUGGCGGGACUUGUAAGGUUAGGAUACUCUUUAGCAAAAAAAUCAAUUUUAUCCACCACUACUCGAGUUAUAUCAACUACAAACCAAUUAAACAUUAAAGAGAUACGAGAACGCACUGAAGGAACAAAUCUUGUUAUUGAAGGAGUUACACUACCUUCUCCCCGCACAGAACUGCUGGUAAGACCGCCAAAUGUCACCCCACCGUUGCCGAAUAUAGAUCUCUCGUUGACCAAACUUCCGUCUUCAGAGAAACCUCCAUGUUAUAUGUGUGCAUUAGGGUUGGACGUGAAACAUACUGAUGUACUUAUCCUGAGUCAAUUUGUAAGAUCUGACGGUUGCAUGCUACCGAAGCGCAUCACGGGCUUGUGUAAAAGACAACAGAAAAAGAUUGGAAAAAUGGUUUCUAUGGCGCAGAAAGCAGGUCUUAUGAUCAACUUAACUCCAUCUAACUCUAAAAAAGAUCCAACAAAAAGGAAAGAGUACAAGAAAUUCAACACUUACUUUGAUGAGACCACAAUAUUUAAGAAGAGGGAAAUGCGGUGGACUGAGCGUUUCAAAUUCAGGGCUAAUGCUAAGUAGUUCUAUUGAAUUUAUAAUUAUAUGUUAAAAAUAUAAGUGAAUAAAGUAGUAGGUAUAUGGUAAAA